UCAGACCAACGUCACAGCAAGGAUUUCGUGGAGCUGCUGGGAAACGAAGGACUAUGUAGAUUACUGAUUCCAUAUGUGGAUAAAACCGCACAGGCCGUCUGCACAAUCGCAUAUUCCUCGGGACCAGGGUCGGAACCUGUUCUUUUUCAAGGAAGGCUAGUGGGCCAGGUGGUUCCCGAACGUGGUAUUUCUUCUUUUGGUACGGCUUUCUUUCAAAUGUCGUAUAUCUUCCAACAAUAUCUUUACUGA